CUCCUCGAAAAGCCUCUUUACUCGGUUUUCAUCGUGAUGGACGUUGCCGGCCUAGCGAGCUGCUUGACCUCAGUGGUGAUCUUCCUCUCUAUCCUCACUUCUUCGCUCGAGUUCGAAGAUUUUCGUCACCGACUGCCUCGGAGCCUCUCGCUCGGUUUCACCUUUCUGUUCUUCUCGGUCACCAGCACCAUGCUGACUUUCACAGCCACCAUUUUACUUCUGGUUCAUUUGGAGAAGAGGUGGACUGCAACGCUAACGUAUGCGGCUGCAUUCCUUCCCAUAUGCGUAUUUGCAAUGUUUCAAUUCCCUUUAUACUACCAGUACAUCGUUGCUGCAGUGGAUAGCGUAUUUGAUUUCCUUAGGAAGAAUUUGCCUGGCAAUUCGGAAUUUCUAAGGAUUAAAAAUGAUUACUGAAGGCCCUUUGCAUGGGUUUACCUUUACUGCUCUGCGUUUAGUUUUUUUUUUUUCUCACGUUAUAGUAUUUAAUUUCACCGUUAUUGUUGUGAUAAAUGCA